AAACAAUUCCACAUCCGGGUGAAGCGAUAUUUAUAAUCCGAAUGAGUGACGGCUAAUGCUAAGUAUCCAGAGCUAAAGCUUCUCCUCACAUCGUAUAUUAAAACCACUUUGUUCACCACAAAUGGCAGCUCAGAUCCCCACAACCGUCAGGGCCCCGCCGGCAGCCGCCACCUCUGCCGCUCUCCGGGGGAAGAAACGUCCCGCAAGUCCGGCGGUGUCUGCCGCGCAGCAGGUCACCGGGACCGGGAGCUGCAGCAUCAAGAAGAAGAAAGGGCUGCUCACAGUGACACCAGCAACACAGAUAACAGCCGUGGAGUCAGUGGCUGAGGUGAAGCCAGUGGGAACAGCUGACUGCUGUCCAGCCACCAUCGCAGAGCCCCCAGCAAAGCCUCCGCCGUUCAAAGACCCCACGUUUAUGCACUCGGGGAUCGGUGGAGCAGCAGCAGGUAAAAAGAACAGGACCUGGAAGAAUCUCAAACAGAUUCUGGCCCUGGAGCGGACUCUAUCCUGGAAGCUUAAUGAUCCCAGCUCCACGAUGAAGAGCAAGCUAGUCGACAGGUCCGGCAGACCGGCACCUGAGGGGUGUCCAGUGGAGUUGCCCAGUCUGAGCAAGCUGGUCAUGAGGAGCAAGAGCGGUGGCCUGGCGGACUUUCUAGAAGACGAGAUUUUGUAUCUCAGUGGGACCUCCCUGGCCAAAUAA